AUGCCGAAGGUGGUUGUUGUUGGUUGUGGUGUACUUGGUCUUUCAACGGCGUGGGCAAUUAAGGAACACCAGCCUCAGACUACCGUCUUGGUGAUCGGCAAGGCGGGUCCCCACGUCCGCCUGACAAACUUAUCAAUGACGAACGACCAUCAUUAUACGUCGCCGUGGGCGGGUGCCCAUUUCCGACCAUUUCCGCUGAAAACCAAUCAGGAGUGGACCGAAAGUCAGUUCACUCGAGCCACUCAGCGUCGCCUACGCAAACUUGCCAUAACUAAUCCAGAGCUGUCGGUACAAUUUAUUGAUGGCAUCGAAUACUUUGAGGCCCCUGAUCAAUUCUAUCGGGAAUUAGCCAAAGGCUACCGUGAAGAAAUGGAGGGGUUUGAGGUGUUACCUACAGCGGAGCUCCCUCAAGGAGUAACAAUGGGAGUGAAGUACCGAACGUGGGCAAUUAAUCUGCCACUCUAUUUGCAAUGGCUCUAUCGUAAGUUGUUUUACGAAUAUCAAGUGGAUUUUAUUGAGACGGAGCUCACAAGUUUGCGCAACGUUAAUGACUACGUCCCCGGCAACCCUAUCAUUGUCAAUUGCUCGGGAAUGGGGUUAAUGUACGACGGCGGUUACGACCCCGAAUGCUACCCGAUCCGAGGCCAAACGCUUUUGGUGCGCCCCCCUUGCAAUAACCGAUUUGCUGCAACCACCGUCACGCAUCAACUGAAGGAGGGCCUCUGGACAUUUUGCAUUCCUCGCCCUCUUGAUGGGGGGAUGAUAAUAGGGGGUACGAAACAAGUCGGUGACACGUACGAUGGUGUUCGAGAUGAUGAUACUAAUCAAUUAUUGACCCGAGGUCAAAUGUUAUUCCCCGAGUUGUCAAAAAAUGGCAAGUUUGACGUGGUUAACAUAAAUGUUGGGUUUCGUCCCGCCAGAAAUGGGGGAUUGAACACUCUGAUGGAACCAUUACAACAGUACCCGCAACGACAAAACCAUGUCAUUAACAAUUACGGUGCUGGGGGGAUGGGCUACGAAUUGUCUUACGGCCUGGGUUUACAGGUAGUGGAACAUUUACGCUGUUUGGUUAGAGCGAACAAACUCUGA